ACACGAAAUAAGUCCCUCUUUAUUCACUCCGGGUGUGUGUCCACCAGCUGCAUCCAUGCAGUGGCUAGGCACUGGAGGGAAGAGGAGGAGCAGGGAGGGGGAGAGCCAGGUGACCAACCCCAAUUCUGGUAGCCCACAUCAAAGGUAUCUUCUCACCUGCCCAUGAUUCCUUAUGGCUACUAGAGCUGUGGAAUGCUGUGAGGACUUCACUGGCCCCAUAGUCAUAGACAGAAUCUGUUUGGGACUAUUUUCAGCGGAAGGAUAUACUUCAUCUAUAAAAGAGUUUACACGUCUUCCACAAUGAAUCCUGUUUACAGCCCCGUCCAACCUGGGGCUCCUUAUGGAAACCCGAAGAACAUGGCCUAUACCGGUUAUCCCGCUGGGUAUCCCACAGCUGCCCCUACCUACAACCCAAAUAUGUAUCCGACCACCAGCCCUGGUUACGCCCCAGCUACACUUCUGAUGAAACAGGCCUGGCCUCAGACAUCGUCCUCUUGUGCCACGGAGGGUACCUUUCACCUCCCAGUGGACACUGGGACAGAGAACAGAACUUACCAAGCUUCAUCCGCAGCAUUCAGGUAUACCACUGGGACCCCCUACAAGGUCCCUCCUACCCAGAGCAACAAUGCACCUCCUCCGUAUUCUCCAUCUCCAAAUCCUUACCAAACUGCGAUGUACCCCAUCCGAAGUGCCUAUCCACAGCAGAACCUGUAUGCUCAGCAGGGAGCAUAUUACACACAGCCUGUGUAUGCGGCACAGCCUCACGUCAUCCAUCACACCACUGUGGUCCAGCCAAACAGCAUCCCCUCUGCUAUUUAUCCAGCUCCUGUGGCUGCCCCAAGGACUAAUGGCGUGGCCAUGGGGAUGGUAGCUGGGACCACCAUGGCAAUGUCAGCAGCUCCUGCCCCGCCCCCUCCUCCCCCAGUGAAGGUCUGUUUCUUUGGUUACAACACGGGUGCAACUUUGCACAUUGUUGGAGGCACUCUGCUGACCACUCCUCAACACACUGCAAUUGGAGCACAUCCAGUCUCUGUGCCAACGUACAGGGCUCAAGGGACCCCUGCCUACAGCUACGUACCUCCACACUGGUAAUCUCAUUGGCCAAUCCAUAUCUGGAGUCAAACAUUGUAUGCAACAACUCAACUCUUACAUCGGUGCCGGAGCAGCAGCCCUAAGGCACCAAGUCUGUCAGCAAGGACGACAACAACAACAGAAGUGCAAGGGUCACUUUAUGCAUUCUGUAGGGAUUUGGGUUUUUUUUAAGUUUAUGUUUUUUUAGUUGACUUUGUAAAAGCCACUUCCCUACCAUUGGCCUCACCAUCUCGCCUCUUCUUUGCUUUCUCUGCUUCCCUCCCUCAAAAUUGUUUCAUGCCAUUUACUGAUGCUGAGCAAUAGCCCUGCUUCUAUCAAGCCCCCUCCUCCCCCAGUCUGCAUUUCACUGUCCCUCAGUUCAGUGCUGCAGGUGUCUCCCGGUGCUGUGCAUUUCAUCCAGAGCCCGUUUUGGUUUUUAUACUAGCAAGAAUGAUUGACUGCUGAUGUUCAGGGUUACAGAGUGAAAAAGCACAGCACUGGCAGGCAGGCAGGCAGGCAGGCUCCUUCCCAUUUCAGCUUCAUUAAUAUCUACCUACCUGCCUACCUAUUUGUCUAUAUCUAUAUAUUCAACAUUUAUUUCAUCUUCCAUAAUGUGAAACAAGAAAAUUGGCGUCUUCCAGAUAGGUGUUGGCAUUAGACUUACAGUUCAUUAUCUGCGUUGAAACGUGGAGCUCAUUCCUUCAUUUACAGGAGCAGAAGGAUGAAUGGCAUGUGACGCCCUCUUGUGUCAAAGGAAGCAGGAAGGCUAUGAAUCAUCCAGAGGGUUUGCUUGUUUUUAUUUUUAAAUGGUGGCAUCCCUGUCUUCUCCUGCACAACAGGAAGAGGAAAAGCAGAGGAGUCGGCUGGCUGCUUGCAUAGGAUCUUAAAUGAGCAAGAGCCAUUCUGUUGAUGUUUACAGCAAUUUAACUGUGUUCCCGAUUCAAAGAGGAGAGUGAUUGGGAGAGGUCGGUCAGGCGAGAGAGGGAGACAUGGUAACCUUUUGCAGGCAAGCAGGGCAGCUCCGUGGAUGUUUUCAACUGUUGGGCUCAAGUAGUUGCUUCCACGGGGUGCAACAAGGAGAAACCGAGUGGCCAAUGGCCUGGGAUGCCUGGUGUCUGUUUCUUGGCCAAUCCACUCAGCCAGACUAAGGAAAACUGAAUUUAAAUCAAGUGAAAUGUUCCUUCCCCCAGUCAGCUUCUUUAGUUUGGCACAUGAUGAAGUAUCCCUGUUGUUUGGUUACACGUAAGUCCUCCACCUCAUGUCUGCCACAAUCUCUCUCGACACUCGAUUCACCCAAGGCACGUUCCUGACACACUAGUUUGGUUGUGUGAAUUGGCCCAAGGAAGCAGGGAGCUGAUUGUGGGUUUGGGAAAAGAGGGUUUGACUUCUUUGUAGGGUAUAAACUCGAAUGAAUGCAGCUAGCCACUGGUGUGACUGGAGAGGUUAAGGGUGCAUCGCUGCAGGACUGAAGACAGAGGGGCAGUGUCUUUUCAUUUCCAUGUCUGAAGUACAGCAUAACUCAGUGGGCAGGCAGGGGUCUCCUCUUUGAGAUGGUGGCCCCUGGGACAAAAGGGUGGCAACGGGUCAGGCAGGAGGAAAAGGCAGGAUGCAUCAUGGCAAGGGCGGUCCACAGCAAGCAAAGAUGAAACAUGGGAGAGCCCAAACGAGAGGUAGUUGGGAAGUCUUAGCUACAGGCAAGGCUCAGCCGCUCUAAAUGGGAUGUGUGUGCGUCUGUCUGGGCAGUGUAGCAAAUUUCUGAGAGAUGCAUGUAUAGCUAGGGGCCAUUCAGCAGAACUGUCAUGCCAACGUUUGUUUGCUUUCAGCCAAGCACUGAGAGAAUUGAAUGAGGGGCUCCUUUCCUCACCCUCUCCUCUAGGCUCCUUUAUUGCCCUAAAGGGGCACAAGCUGUAACAGGCGGGUGUGUCACUGCCCAACAUCUCUGUGAAGUUUUAGUUUGGAUCCCUUUGUGCUGUGUGUGUGUGUGUGUGUCUCCUGCUGGGGUCUUUUUGGGGUAUAUAAGGUGAUACUGUAGGGUGUAGGGCAGGGUGGGAAUUCCACGUCUCAGGAUUGGGAUCUGGGCUGGUGGAGAAAAGUUCAUGGCUGAGAAGUUCCAUCCUGAUGAAAUUGCAGAUCUCCCCCAUUUGCCGGUGAUGCUCCUGUGAUCCUCUUCAUUCAGUGCUGGGCUAAUGGAGCUUGGUCUCACGUGGCUGCUGGUAAAAGGUGCCUGGGGAGAGCUUUAAUCUGAAGGGUACACCAUUCCAGCACACUAGAGCAGGGGCAGCUGACGUGGUGCCCUGCAGAUGUUGUUGGUCUCCCAUCUUCCAUCAGCCCCGGCCAGCAUGGCCAAUGGUCAGGGAUAAUGGGGAUUUAGCGCAACAACAUCUGAGGGCACCUUGUUGGCUACCCCUGCCCCGGAGAAACAGCAAGGCCCAGAAAGUAUUUGCCAAACCAGAGGCGAUUAAAUAGAAAACUGUCAGAGGAAUGGUGUGGUGGAGUGGAAAUAACAUUUUUGCAUCUGUGGGGAUGCCAUUCCGUGCUUUCUCCAUAUUUCAGGUAAAGAGUCUGUUGCGUGCUCAUAGCUCUAUGCCUAGUAAGCUGUGGCUGGUUCGUGAAGAGUCAGGAUUCUGCCUUCUGGCUCUUGGGCAUUUGGUCCCUGGGUGGCACCUGAAGCAGGUCCCAUCGGCUGUACAGGCUGCAGGUAGUUGAGAUCAGAGGAGAUGGGCUGGGAUGGAGUUAGCAGCGCUGGCGAGGGGCCCAGGACAGCAUUUGAAACCGAACGCAAUGGGUGGGGUGGGUGGAUUUGCAGGCUAGUACAUCUGCCCGGGAGCAAGAGGCAGGGAAGGAAGCAGGGGGCAGGGGCAGCCUCGUGGCGAUGCAGCGGGGGGAGCACAGUGGGUCUUAGUGCUUCCUAGGAGGCAGCAGUAUAAAGCCAAUUGUGAGUCUCAGAUGAGGACCCUGGCCCGUGCCACGUGUAUCCUGCCAUGAAUUCAUGCUGACCAGCACGUCUGAUGGCCCAGAAAGUUAGAGGCACAGAUCCGUUAGACGGCACCAUGCAAGUGGAGAGCGCUGCUGAAGCCUAGCAACAUUUUAGGUCAAUAAACUGGAAUGAAUGAAGAUGCAGUGCUUGUGGGCUCCACCUAGCCUUUCUUGAUUUCCUUGUUUGCUCUUGCCCCAGAAGCAAGACUUUGUGUGUACUCAGUCACUCUGGCUACCUGCAGCUAGAACCAUUGUGUUGAAGGGUCUUCUGGCAGGACAGGCCACAGAGCAGCUAAAGAAAAGGUCAACCUGAAGACCUUUCCCAUUUGGAAGCCUCCAUUUUCAGAGCAGACGUAGCAAGGGUAGCCUUUCUGCCGGCAUAUUUCCAUGGUGCCCUGCCCUGCCCUAUUUGCUUGACACUGGUUCCCCCCCCACCCAGAUGGCGGUCAAUUUGUGACAUGUAAAGCACGGAAGCCUUGCUGCUGGCAGGGACCUCGAAGAAGGCUAAAAAAAGGUAGGCUGUGAGAGUUUUCCUGGGUGAUGCCUUUUAGUCAAUACGUCUCUUUUAUUGCACAGAACAAAGGCAAUCGUUUGAAAAUUAUGUUUAAUUCUAAUAAUUGUGGCUAUUUCAUUUAAUGGAGGGACCUGGAAAAAAAUUAAUUCCUCCCAAACAAUUUUGGGAUCCUUUUUACAAGCACUUUUGGCCAUCUCAUCAGAAUGGUGGGUGGUGAGGAAUCCCUCUAUGCCGAAGGCGGCUUGCUUUCUCCCAUGGAGCUGUGCCAAAAGGAGCCAGCCAGGAGCCAGGCGUCAGAAUUUGGCUCUUGUCAUGCCUUCCCUGGGGCACCUCUCCAUAAAAAGGCAAGAGAAGUAUCAGUAGUUGGGAGAGAGGAUAGGAAUUUGGAAGGCAGCCCUCCACUCUUGACACAGGAUAUUGACCCGCAGGCAACCUUGAAGAUCCUUCCUCAUCUCUAGAGCACUUUCUGCCUAUACAAAUGGCUUCUACCAUUCUCUGCCCUGCAGCCAUCCUGCGAGUCGAGAAAGUGUGGAAGGGAGUAACUUCGGCAAGGUGACCCAGUAUCCUUUAUGGCCAAGCAGAGAGAUGAGCUCAUCUCCCCCAUAUCGAAAGGUGGGCAGUGGCCUCCGGGGGCCCUUCCCAGGAGACAGAUACUUAGACAAGAGAAUCUGCACAGGGCUGAGAAGCCACUGAGCCAAAUUCUGCUGCCUGGGUUUGUACGGUGCCCUAGUUCUGUGCAAGUUGUCGACAGAGGGGGUGGACCUUUAUUUUUCACCGAUGGCCUCAGUUUGCACCCUCUUUAUAAGUGCUCCCCCUUCUAGCAAUUCGCACUGGAUCCGCUUGGCAGGAGCUGAGGCUUCAUUAGAAUCUGGCCUUAUGAAGGUAGCUUGAAGUAAUUGGGAUCCAAUGUUUAAAUAAUACAAGUAGUCUUUGGAGCUCUGUUUGUAUAUAACUGUAUAGAGUAUAUACUUUUAAACUUGAUUGGAAAGCAGUUGGACAAAGCAGUGCUAGGCAGAGGAAGUCAUGGUGGGCACUGAAGGGCCAUGGAACAACGUGCGCCAUUAAGUCGUGGGUGGGUGGGUCUGCAUGCACGUGCUUGAGUUGUGGCCAGAUACGGAAAAGGGGAGAUUUUCUUGUCUGCCAUCUUUUGUCGGUUCUGUUGGCACUGUCUUUGCAUCUUCAUUGUUGUUUUUACAUUUCAAAGCAUCCAUUAUUGUACAUUUGCAGUGAUUAACAUCCCUUCCCCAUCAAUAAUGAAACACAGAAAGCAUUGUGACAAAUUCCCCCAGUGCUGAUUACUGCUGUUAACUAACCCCACAGGUAACCCUUACUUUAAAACAUGUACUGUAACUCAAGACUUGGAAAAGAUCAAUCAAUAAACAAAUGCAUAUUAA